AUGAUUCCACUCCGGCGAAAGGCUGUUCAGGCCGCUGAGCGCCUUCCUGUAGCUGCCUCAAGGACUAUACGCCAAUACUCAGCGAAACAGCCCGCGAAGACCGGAGACCACGUCCACCACUCCGCCGGAUCGAGCACAGAUCAUGGCCAUCAUUCGGCUGGGCCCAAGAGCGAGUCCUUUGGAGUCGGGUUUUAUGUCGUGCUAGUCGCAAUCCCCGUAUCGAUCGGAGUAUACACGGCCUCGAGGCCUGGGGAGGAUGGGAAGUUGGCAGGCUUUUCGAGUUUCAUCGAUAGCUAUUCAUACUACAGAGAGAAAUGGGCCGCACAAAACGCGCUUCAUACUGCUGCAAUUCAGCAAGCGGGUUUCGACAAGAAUUUAUACCACAACUCAACCGGCACUAAGCAUAUAGACCUUAGAUUCCCCGAGAUAUUUAACACGGGGUCGCCAUACAAUGGGGUUGCUGGACACAGAGCGAGGAAUAUGGAUGAGCUGGUGGCUCAUUAUGAGAAGCUGAACACGGAGAAUGAGGAGCGGAAAGUGAAGGCGUUGGCUGAGAAAAGUGGGUGA